CCUUGGCGGAUGCAGUAGCUUUGUGCGACGGUCCCCCCUCGUUCUGACGAUAAAGACUCCCUCACCUCUCUUCCCCGACUGCAGCUUUGGGAUCACGCAACAUCGCCGCUGCAGCUCUCACCAUGUCGAAAUCGUUGCAAUUGAAGGAGGAGGGCAACCGGUGCUUCCAGGCCGGCGACUAUGUCGGAGCCGAUAGCCUCUAUUCGAAGGCCAUCAUCGCCGACUCCAAGAACCCAGCGCUCUACACCAACCGCGCCAUGGCCCGCCUCAAGCUGGGCUACUGGGACUCGGUCAUCACCGACUGCGACGCCUGUCUGGCGCUCGCCCCGGACAACAUGAAGGCCAACUACUACCUGGCGCAGGCGCAGGCCGCCCUGCGUGACUUCGACGCCGCCCUCGCCAGCGCCCUGCGCGCCCACGCCCUCUGCGCCGCCACCAACGACAAGUCGCUCGCCGCCGUCACCGCCCUGGUGCUCAAGUGCAAGAAGGACCGCUGGGACGAGCGCGAGCGCCACCGCGUGCGCGAGACGCGCCAGCUGGAGACGGAGCUGCUGGGCCUGCUGGAGAGCGACAAGCACGCCGCCAUGGCGGAUGCCAUGGACGAGAUGGAGCAGAAGGAGAUCGAGGAGGAGUCCGAUGCCAAGGCUGCGCGCAUGAAGACCAUCUUCGAGCGAGCGCGGGAGGACUCCGAGCGGCGGAGGGAAGUGCCCGAGUGGGCCAUCGACGACAUCAGCUUCGGCAUCAUGGUCGACCCAGUCAUGACCAAGACGGGAAAAUCCUACGAGCGAGCCUCCAUCAUGGAGCACCUCCGCCGCCACCCGAGCGACCCCCUCACGCGCGAACCGCUGCUCCCGUCCGAACUGCGGCCGAACCUGGGGCUGAAGCAGGCGUGCGAGGAGUUUCUCGAGGAGAACGGAUGGGCCGUGGACUGGUGAUACAAGUACACAAGCUGAGAAGAGAGAAAAUGUUGGCCGAGCGAGAGCGAGAGAAGUAGUGUUUUUCGAGAAACUUUUCGGGUUUUCGUACUGGGAGUUUUAAAGGCGGUAAAUGAA